AUGCGUUGGCUUCUGGACAGUGGUAGCUGGAAGAAAUUUGGACACGCUGACAGGGGAAACUAUGACUGGUUAACCAGUGAACCAGGUGUGCCAUUGGUGGAAACAGAGCUACAGAGUCAGCAUAAAGCAAGUUCGACCAAAGAAGACAUAGAGCCAUUCCUAUGCAUCAUAUUACCAGCUACCGUGAUGCUCUUCCUGGCAUUCCUGUUGCUCUUCCUCUACAGACAUUGCCAACGUCGCAAUCCUCAGGCUCAGAUCUUCAGCAUUGAUCUGCCAGAAUCCCUUCCGGAGCAUGAGGUGACAGAUUUUCUCUCUGUGCUACCCUGGAACAAUGAGCAGAGGUUCCAAUACUCCACACUCCUGCCUGAAACUGCCUUUCUCACUGUAUGCCUGCCUCCAUCAUAUGAGGAGGCCACCAUGAAGGCAUCCAUGGAAGAGGACCAUGUUCAGCGAUUUCAGGAGCCACUGCCUCCUUAUGAAGAGACCAAAGAACAAUAA